GCGGGGCCAGCGGUGAUUGCGUCAUAAAGGAGCUGAAGAUGGCUUCGCGAUGCGCUACGGCGGUGCAUAGAUGCGUCAACGCUCAGCUGUCAGGACACACGUUUAUAUGAAAAGGAAGGAGGGAUAAAGAAAUAUUGGGAAGAAGACACGCGAACCGUUCAAAUUUAUGUCUCGCAACGGUGCACAGUGCUCUUUGGUUGUUUAACAGUCAGGGACAAUGAGUUCGACCACAGAUGAAGAAUUUAAAGAGAAAUUACUAUGGAACGUGAAAAGAGAGGUGAAGCAGAUUAUGGAGGAGGCUGUGACCAAGAAGUUUGUGCACGAGGACAGCAGCCACGUCAUUGCACUUUGCAGCUCCAUCGAGGCUUGCUUAAGCCACCUGCUAAAGCGUCGUGCCGCAGGGUUUCUCCGCAGUGACAAGAUCGCUGCUCUCUUCACUAAGAUCGGCAAGGUGAACACCACAGCAAGUGACAUUUGUCGCAAGGUGCAGGAGCAGCUUCAGCAGCAGGCCGAAAUCUCCAGGAGAAGUCAAAGCACAGCGCAGGAGCCGCUCAGGAGACAGGGCUCUUCUUCUGCCGGUCGAGCACCUCAACCUCUCUCCGCCCAGGCCAUCAAGCACAUAUGGGUCCGCACCGCUGUCUUCGAAAAAGUCCUGGACAAAAUUGUGCAGUAUAUUGUGGAUAACGCAAGUAAGUAUUAUGAAAAGGAGGCUCUCAUGCACGAUACGGUGUUUGGCCCUAUACUGGCUGCACUUCUUGUUGGACCUUGCGCUCUGGAGUACACCAAGCUCAAGACGUCAGAUCAUUUCUGGACGGACCCAUCAGCCAACGAGCUGGUGCAGAGGCACAGAAUCCACGGGGCCCACAGGAGCCAAGAGGUCUCGCCGGGACGCAGGCCUGCCCUUGGGAUUCGGAAGCGGCAGUCCAGUGUCAGCGUGUCUGAUGACAAGUUUGCAGCAUCAGCGAGAGAGUACGUUGAAUCUCUCCAUCAAAAUUCACGCGUUCACCUGCUUUACGGAAAAAACAACGUAAUCGUUCAACCGAAGAAGGACAUGGAGGUUUUGCGUGGUUACCUUUCCCUUCAUCAGACGACAGAAAACCUCACGCUGAAGUGGACGCCCAAUCAGCUUAUCAACGGCACUUUGGGUGACUGUGACCUGGAGAAAAGUAUUUAUUGGGACUACGCAUUGACUGUGCCUUUAAGACAGAUCGUCUGCAUUCAUUGUCACCAGCGCCCGGACUGUGGUGGUACUCUGGUGUUAGUAAGUCAGGAUGGGAUCCAGCGUCCUCCUCUGCACUUCCCUCCUGGUGGCCACCUAUUAGCUUUCCUGUCAUGUCUAGAGACAGGUCUGCUGCCCCGGGGUCAGCUGGAGCCGCCCCUCUGGUCACAGAGGGGUAAGGGCAAAGUCUUCCCCAAGCUGCGUAAAAGGAACAGCACGGCCCGUUUAGUAGAUCAGGAUGGAGAUGGAGAGGAACAGAUUGCUGCAGACUAUGUGUUUCGUAUUGUUUACCCUGGACAGCGUCCCGACCCAACAGUCACUAUAAACUACCACCACACCACGGGCAGUCGUGCGCCCUCUCUGGACGACGACGAGGAGGAGGAAGAUAGACUUCACGCAAUGAUCUCAAUGAUCUGCUCACGGAACCUCACAGACCCUAAUGUCAUGAAAGUAGACCAUGGGGACAUGAUGGAUAUGCAAGGCUUUGGCGGCAGCCCAUUGUCAUGGCAGCAGGGCGAGUACACCAGUCAUAUGUCAUCUUGUCAGUCCUGCUCCACCGGGGGCAGCAGCGCUUCAGUCGAGCUUCCCGCAGGCUGCACCUGCGUGCAUGACCGUAUUCCACUGAAGAUGUUGUGCCAAAAUAUGAAGAGACAGAUUGUGUCUCGAGCAUUUUAUGGCUGGCUUGCCUACUGUCGGCACCUGUCUACUGUAAGGACUCACCUCUCCGAGCUGGUCAACCAUAAUAUCGUCUCUCCCGACAAGCCGUGCGAAGCUUCCGGAGGGCUUAGUAAAGAUGUGUGGAGUAAAUAUCAAAAGGACUGUAAGAAUUAUAAGGAACUGGAGCUGCUGCGAUUGGUUUACUAUGGAGGGGUGGAGCAUGAAAUCAGGAAAGAGGUGUGGCCGUUUUUGCUGGGUCACUAUAAAUUUGGAAUGGACAAGAAAAACAUGGCCCAGAUUGAUGAGAAGAUCACAGCCAGGUAUCAGCAGGUGAUGCGGGAGUGGAAGGCGUGCGAGGUCAUCGUGAAACAACGGGAGAAAGAGAUGCAGUCGGUCAUCUUUGCCAAGCUGUCAUCAGGCAGCAGUAUAGACAGUCACGUCCUCAGACUCAUUCAUAGAGACUCAACUAUGAGCAAUGAGGUAUUCAUGUCAGUGGAAGAACCUGAUGCUGGGGGUCACGACACCUCGUGUGAGGGAGGAAGCACACCCACCUUAACCACUGUAGUGACCCCGGCUGUGUUAGCUCCAGACGAGAGACCCCUAGUGGAGUUUGACUCUCCAGAUUCAGGUCUCCCUUCCUCAAGAAACUAUUCUGUGACAUCUGGACAUUCCCAAAUCAUGUCUAGCAUCGAUGAUGGGCAGAGCAUGGAGGAGGACACCACGCCCACUGGAGGACUAGAGGAGCAGGGUGGGCGGGACUCUCUGAGCGAGGACAAACUCUGUAGUCAGCUGGACAAACUCGCAACCACCAAUGAGGGCAGUGCUCCGUCCUUUUCGUCAUACACGAUUGAGCUGUUGGACACGGUGGCAUUGAAUUUGCACAGAAUAGAUAAAGACGUCCAGCGCUGUGAUCGCAACUACUAUUACUUCACUACCACCAACCUGGAGAAACUGCGCAACAUCAUGUGCAGUUACGUGUGGGAACAUCUGGAGAUUGGCUAUGUGCAAGGCAUGUGUGACCUUCUAGCCCCUUUGAUGGUCAUUUUGGAUGAUGAGUGCUUGGCCUACGGCUGUUUCACCCAGCUCAUGAAAAGGAUGAGUCAGAAUUUCCCUACCGGAGGAGCUAUGGACACUCAUUUUGCCAACAUGAGGUCACUGAUACAGAUCCUUGACUCUGAGUUGUUUGAGCUCAUGCAUCAGAACGGCGAUUACACACAUUUCUACUUCUGUUAUCGCUGGUUCCUUUUAGACUUCAAAAGAGAGCUUCUCUAUGAGGAUGUGUUUGCCGUAUGGGAGGUUAUCUGGGUCGCCCCCCGCAUCUCUUCCAAGCACUUUGUCCUCUUCAUUGCCCUGGCCUUGGUUGAGGUGUACAGGGACAUCAUCCUCGACAACAACAUGGACUUUACUGACAUCAUCAAAUUUUUUAACGAGAUGGCAGAGCGGCAUGACGUGCAGCACAUCCUCCGAAUAGCGCGCGAGCUGGUACACAAGGUGCAGACCCUCAUCGAGAACAAGUGAGGAUGGAGAAAACAGAAGACUGAUGCCUACCGAGCCCUGCCUUGCCACUUCUGAUCUUCUCCCAGACUUUGGACCAGUCGUCGGCCACAAGGCCCUCGACUUCUGACUUCUCUUAAUAUCGUUUGCCUGCCACAGAAUGCCGUUGUGUCAGACCCUGGCGUUGUCUGCAUGCUCGUGGAGUUUUGAGCACACUGUGACUGAGGUUUUCUUUCAUUUCUUGCCGUAUACGCCUCCAGCACACACUGCACAUAUCAGGUCCCUUUAGUCUUAAUAAGAAACGACGAGCCUCGUGCAUCGGGGCCACAGCUAUUUCUGUUACCCGGUAGACUUUGUGGUGACUUACUGGAGGGCUGUGGUGGUCGGUUUACUCAUAAUAAAAGCUGCGUUAGAUCGGUGCCCCUGAAUAAUAACUAAGCCACGAAGAAGUUGUUAAAACGGUGUGUGACCAAAAGGACUGUGCCAAUGAAAUUGUUGUAGUAUUUAUAUGGCUUGUUUUGUUUUGCCUUUGACUGCUUCUUCUGUAUGAUCCCCUUAAUAUUUUGGCCUUCACAAACUCCAUCCAUACUUUUGCACUUUGAAUCUGUCGCUCCGUGACGCCAAUGAUGCUCCUUUAGCCUUAAACGGGAAGAAUAAGGGGUUGAGGUGUGACUCAGGAUUCACUCCACUUCCUUUGAUGUUGUUAAGGGUCUUUGAGAAGAUGCCACCGGACUCUUCCAUUGGUCACCAAGCUGCUUCCACAUAUGAGAGGAGUGCAAUGUUACAAGACCAAUAUGCUCUAGUACGUCUUAUUAUGGAUGCCGGUCACUACUUUACCAUUAGGCUUUUUCAUGCGUCAAAUAAACCUAAAAAACAAGCUUUUUACUGCCUGUGAAAAAAAGGCUUUGUUUAUUUAAACAUCACAACUGACGCUUCGCUAUAGUUACUAUGUUGGCCCAGCUGAAUUUCAUGACUGUGUAUCAUUAUUUGUUAAAAACAGAUUGCAUACUGGUUGCACAUUUUUAGAAAGACUCAUAAGUGUAAUUCACUUCCAUACUGUCUUCCCAUUUUUCAAGUAUUUGAUGCCUAAGGUUAUGUUCAGAAUACUGGUUUACUGUGAGUGCAGUGCAGUAUACUACACAGUAUACACUCGUGUACUCAUUUAACUUACUCAACAGUUUUAUACUAAACUAUUGUUCUUACAUCAUAACUCGGCCAUUAGCAAUGGUUAUAUUGGAUUUUUAAAAUAGUUAUGGGUGUAAAUAUCAACUUUGUACAUUCGGAUUCAAUGAGUCAAGAAUGAUUUUUUUAAAAAUUGUAGAAAUACCACACUGGAAAAUGUGAGGUUGAGCACAUUGCAUUGUGGGAUACAGUGUUCUAGAAUGCAGAAUGCAGCAGGGAUGACGUGUUUUUGUAUGCUAAACCGGAAGUUAGCGGGAGACUGGUUGUCUCGCAAAAAAUACCAUAAAUUUUUUUCCAUAGACUUUUGGAUUAUCCCAAAAAAUAAGGUUUGUGUUUAACAAAAGUUUGACAUUUACACGUUUUGUCCAACACUUUUUUUUUUAUUUUGCAGACAAAAUUCAGCUUUUUAUAUUUCUAGUAAAUGCAUUUAAACUUUAAAAUUCAUCAAAUUUGAACAAAACGAGUGUCAUAAACUUUUGUUAAACACACAUCUUAUUUUUUGCGAUAAUCCAAAACUAUGGUAAAAAUGUAUGGUCUUUUUUGCGAGGAAACUAGUGUCCCGCUAACUUCCGGGUUUGUUUACAAAAUACGUCAUCCCUGCAGCACUCUAUUAGUUACAGUAUCACAAUAGAUUAAAGUAUUGCAUACAGAAAAUAAACAUACUGUUUACAGUAAGCAUACUACAGUACUGCAUUUAAAGAGAAUGAGUAGUUUGGUUGUAAGAUAUUCUGAACAUAGCCCAAGAAAAUAGCCCAAGAAAAAAUCUAUAGUUUUAUAAAAGCUGAUAGAGAUUUUGGGGAAAAUAGUCAAAUGCAAAUAGUGCAAAUUUCUUUUGUCUUGGUUGAGAAUAUGUGAGGGAUCUUUUAAAUCCUCCUGAAAGGUUUACUUUUGAAAGGAGCUUGCGUACCAAAGCCUCUAAAAUAUCAUUGUCAUACAAAUGUGCAAUCUUAAUCCAUAACUCGAAGACUGUUUAAAAGUGCAUGAGACAAAUCGUUUGUUUUUAUUUCUACUGUGAAACGAUUCAUUUGUUAACCUCCUUUCCACGUGUACUAUUGCACUGUAAAUACAAAGAGAAAAGCCCUGGAUUUCUAUGAGGACAGUAUAGUGUCAACUGUAUUUUAGAUUCUAUUUUUUACUUUGGUUUUAGAGACUGUGCUUCUAUGAAAUAAUAAGUUAUAUAAAACUGGAGAGCUGUAAAUUUUGAAUGUGGGAAACCUUUGUUACUUGUUGACUGUUACGUCCCUUAUCAACGUUGUGCACUGGUUUCUAUUAGUUUCAAUAUAUGUACAUUUUGUUUGGACGUCAGAAUGAAGUACUGUAUGUAUUGUAACGGAUGUAUCAUUUACCUUGAAUGUAUAUGUAUUCUGAAAACAAGUUGUUCCUUAAUAAUAUUAAAACAUUUUCAUAUUCAGAAA